AUGAAGACUACCGCUCUGUCACUACUUCUCACAGCUGGUGCUGCGAGUGCCAGUCCUCUGGAGUCCCGAGCCAGUGGGGUCCAGGGCUUUGAUAUCUCCAGCUAUCAGGGCACCGUCGACUUCUCCGGUGCAUAUAAUGCCGGUGCCCGAUUUGUUAUGAUCAAGGCCACGGAAGGCACAAGCUAUGUGGACAGUUCCUUCUCCAGCCACUAUGAUGGGGCCACCGAUGCCGGUCUCAUUCGAGGCGGCUAUCACUUUGCCCAUCCGGACUCCGGUUCCGGUGCGACCCAGGCCGAGUACUUCCUCGCUCACGGAGGUGGAUGGACGAAGGAUGGCCAGACUCUGCCCGGUAUGCUGGAUAUUGAGUAUAAUCCUUCCGGUUCGACUUGCUAUGGACUGAGUGAAUCCGCUAUGGUUUCAUGGGUCAAGGACUUCGGCGAGACCUAUAACAGCAAGACUGGUCGCUACCCUAUGAUAUACACCACUGCCGACUGGUGGAACACCUGCACCGGCGGUAGCACUACCUUCAUUGCAGAUUAUCCCUUAGUGUUGGCUCAGUAUGCUAGCGCGAUCAGCACCAUCCCUGGUGGUUGGGCAUACCAGAGCUUCUGGCAGAACUCGGAUUCCUACAGUUACGGCGGCGACUCGGAUCUCUGGAAUGGCAGCGAAGAAAACUUGAAGAUCUUUGCUAAUGGUUCGUAG